GCCCAGAUCGAGGCCGGAGCCGUCCAGAUAUCCAACCACCUGGCGCGCUUCUCGUCCUCCCUCUCGUCGCACCUGCGCCCGACAUCGGCCGACGUCCCCCGGCUGUCCAUCGCCCGCUACGCGCGCCUGUACGAGAGCUGCGCGGGCAGCCCCGGCGGUGCGCAUUUCGUGGUGCAUCAGCACGACCACCCCGUCGCCGGCACCCACUACGACCUCCGCCUCCAGAUCAACGAGACCAGCAGCGUCAGCUGGGCCGUCAUGUACGGGCUGCCCGGCGAUGCCAACAGCAGCCGCCUGAGCCGCAAUGCCACCGAGACUCGCAUCCACUGUCUUUGGGCAAGUCUUGCUACCCGCAAGAUCCGGCUGCGUCUCCACGGAGCAAAGCUCCCCGACCCGUACGUCAUCAACCUCCGCCUGACCAAGUCGGAGGAUGCCGCUGGGCGGUCUAGGGGCCUGAGGGCGCGGGCUGUGGGGACGAGGAGGCGGCGAGGGAGGACUGCGCGGGUUCGGCCACGGGAGCCUGAGACUAGCAGGAGCGGUUCAUCAUCGUCUUCUUCUUCUUCUUCUGAUGAUGAUGAUAAUGAUGAUAAUGAUGAUGGCCAGAAACAUGAUGACAACCAUGAUCCGAUCGAGGGAGGAAUCCGUCUCACAAACGCCUACCGCGGCGCGUCCAACACCAUCGGCAGCGUAUACCAGCGAAAAUGGUAUCUCUCGCUCGACCGCCGCGCAUCCGGCUUCACCGAGAAGCGGCGCCGUGGCGGCCACCGUGGCCCCUUGCUAGACCCGCAGCCGGCAUCGAGCCGGCUCUCGUACCCAUUCUACGUCCGCGGGCCGCAGUUUGAGCGGAGCGUCGUCACGGGCCGGCUGGCGGAGGAUGUUCUGCGCGAUGAGGGCGUGACUGGCUUUGUUCCCAGGAAGGGAUGGAUGCCUGUGCUGAAAUGA